GAAGCAGCGUACUCAGCCACUCUCGUUGGCUGAGCCGCUACAGAGCCUGAGGUAAAACAGGACUCUUUUAAACUAACCGACCAACCGAAAACAACUAUUACCGGUGUCCGCGAACAAACUCCGGCUCUGCACGACACGUUUAAUCCUUCAGGUGCUGUGAGGCAACUGUUAGCAGAAAGGACCUGAAGAACCAGCUGUGGAAAGACUCCGCGGUGAAAGUCAACAGGAUGUCCAGCCAGUUGGCCGUUUCUUUGUGAAUGGAUUAGAGGCAAGUUGUGACCAUGCGCUGCCUGGCUGCUCGGGUGAACUACAAGACCCUCAUCGUUAUCUGCGCCCUCUUCACACUCAUCACUGUGUUGCUAUGGAACCGCUGCUCCAGCGACACCUCCCUGCGCUUCCUGCCCCGUGCUGCCUUGGUGGCUCCAAGUCCCAAGGUGGGGGAUGCAAGCAUCAGCAGCCAGCAGCACCCCCCACAACCUCCAGAGCCCCCGCCUGUUGUUGGGGUUGCCAGCGGGAUCAAGUAUGAAGAAAUCGACUGCCUGAUCAAUGACGAAUCUACUAUCAAAGGCCGUCGAGAGGGGGGAGAGAUCUACCUGCCCUUCAGCUGGAUGGAAAAAUACUUUGAGGUGUACGGCAAAGUGGUGCAGUACGACGGCUACGAUCGGUUUGAGUUCCAGCACAGCUACUCAAAGGUUUAUGCACAGCGUGAGCCCUACCACCCCGACGGGGUCUUCAUGUCAUUUGAGGGAUACAAUGUGGAAGUCCGUGAUCGUGUCAAGUGUAUAAGUGGGGUGGAAGGCGUGCCUCUGUCCACCCAGUGGGGCCCUCAGGGCUACUUCUACGCCAUCCAGAUUGCUCAGUAUGGCCUGAGCCAUUACAGCAAAAACCUGACCGAGCGCCCUCCCCACGUAGAGGUCUACGACACAGCCGAGGAGAGAGACAGCCGGGCCAGCUCAGCGCCCUGGAGUGUGCCGAAAGGUUGCAGUCUCAGCCGCGUGCACGACAAGUCCCGAGCUACCUCCGUGCGUCAGUUCAGUGCUCCAGAGUCCUCAGAAGGCGUGUCCCUCCAGCUGGGCAACUCCAAAGACUUCAUCCUCAGCCUGGACGUCAAGUUCGUCUCCAACGGCAGUGUGUCCGUAGUCCUGGAAACCACAGAGAAGGGUCCGCCCUUCACCAUCCACUACGUGACCAACACGCAGCUCAUCGCCUUCAAAGACCGCGACAUCACCUACGGCGUCGGUUCACGGACCGCCUGGAGCACUCUGACCCGAGACCUGCUCACCGACCUCAGGAAGGGCGUCGGUCUGUCCAACACCAAGGCUGUGAAGGCCACAAAGAUCAUGCCCAGGCGGGUGGUGCGACUCGUCCUACAUGGGCGUGGCUUUGUUGACAACGUUACUAUCUCCACCACUGCCCACAUGGCCGCCUUCUUUGCCGCCAGCGACUGGCUGCUUCGCAACCAGGACGAACGGGGUGGCUGGCCCAUCAUGGUCACCCGUAAACUGGGCGAAGGCUUCCGGCCUCUGGAGCCCGGCUGGUACUCGGCCAUGGCUCAGGGCCAGGCCAUGUCCACCCUGGUGAGAGCCUACCUCCUCACCAAGGACCAGGCUUACCUCAACGCUGCCCUCAAGGCAGUAGGACCCUACAAGGUGCCUUCAGCGCAGCACGGGGUCAAAGCCGUGUUCAUGAACAAAUACGACUGGUAUGAAGAAUACCCCACCACGCCCAGCUCCUUUGUUCUCAACGGUUUCAUCUACUCCCUGCUGGGACUCUUUGACUUGACUGAGACCGCCGGAGAGAAGCUCGGCAGGGAGGCCGGGCAGCUGUUCAGCCGUGGCAUGGAGUCGCUGAAGGCCAUGCUGCCGCUCUUUGACACCGGGUCCGGGAGCAUCUACGACCUGCGCCACUUCAUGCUGGGCACCGCGCCCAACCUGGCCCGCUGGGACUAUCACACCACGCACAUUAACCAGCUGCAGCUGGUGGCAUCCAUAGACAGCUCUCCCAUCUUCAAGGAUGUGGUCAAGCGCUGGAAAAACUACUUAAAAGGGAUCCGUGCCAAGCACAACUAGACGAGCAGUAACCCACGUAUAGAAUACAGCUGAGCUGACGACUGAACGCUUGAUUAUCCUUCAUGUGUGAGACCUUGAUGACUGAAUGUGAGGCGGAUGCUCACAUUGUGUGUGUGUGUAUGUGUGUGUGUGUGUGUGUGUGUGUGUGUGUGUCUGUGUGUCUGUGUGUGUGUCUGUGUGUGUGUGUCUGUGUGUGUGUGUCUGUGUGUCUGUGUGCGUCCCAGUCCUGGUCGAGGUUCAUUAUCUAAAGUAUGAGUUUAUUGAGCUGCAGCUCUCAACACUAAACGUUUCUCGUGUGCUCUGUUGCAGGUUUUAUAUUUUCUGCAGCACUGACUGUAGCUCUCCUCGCCUGUUUUUUCCUUGAGCUAGUGUUUGUAAUUAUGCACAGACCUAGUUUCAGAGAGGUGCGUGUGUGUGUGCGCGCGCGUGUGUGUGUUUAAAGUGACAAUAUAUGAUGUUAGAGAAUUGAAUUGUGAAACUAAACUACAUUCGUCGAUGCAUCCACCACAAGUCUCUUCUCCGGUUGUAUUUUUUUUUACCAUUUUAGCCAGAUUUGCAAACUUUAUUGACACAAAUAAACUGUAAAAAGAAGUAGAAUAUAUUAUAAAUUAUUUUGAGAAGAAUGCUACCAAAAAUAUACUUUUAUCAAUAUAAAGUACAAUAUAAACAUUCUUGAUUUUAUUUCUCCGCUGCCACUUUUUUUCCCCCACAAUCCUCAAAACCUUCAAGUUUGAAAUCGAGGCGAUUUUUUUAAGUGGACCAUAUUGAAGAUGUUAGGUGAGGUUAAUUAAUUUGGCUGCUGAAGAGUCACACGCUUAAUGCUUCCAAACCGCCAGCUUCCACUUCUUUUCUGAGGCCCUGAAACACAGUAAAAUAGUCACAAAUUAUUUUGGGGGGGAUUAUAUUGUUAUGUCUUUAUUGGGCUUAACUCCUUUAAAUAUUUUUUUCUUAUAAUAAAUAUUAAGUCGUGGAUUAGUCUGUCAGGCCGCUUGAAAUUAGCUCUGAGGAAUAAACACCUCAAACCAUCAUGUUUGAUGUUCCGUGGUUAAGCCGGCUCCACUACCAGAGGCUCUCUGUGCUUCCUACCCACAAUUCCACUGUGUUCGGCUCCUGUGCAGACGCACGUGGUCUGACUUACACCUGUGUUUCAGUUGAGACACGGAAGACUGCAGGUAGCACGCCGCCACAUUCCCUGAGAUAAACCCAUCAGGCCCACAGCAAUCUUUAAAAACAUCCAGAUUAAUAAUUCAUCCUAAUUAGCCGUCCGCGCUGAAGCUUGUCUAAUGCUGGUACCUUUAUGUGAAGUUUGAGGUCCAGUAGAUCUGUGCCAGCGUUCUCAGCUGCAACCAAAACCCACUGAAGUCUGUCGGCCGGUCGCAGAAAAACUUAAUAAUUCACGUGCCGGUGCAGACAGCUACAAAAAGUCGUGCAACAUUUCGAGUUCAGCUCAGUUUGUAGAGCGUAAAUUUUCCACAUCAGAGAUCCUGGAUUGUCUCCUGAUCCAGUCAGCGUCGCCUUGUUCUUCACAUUCGCUCAGUUUGGAUGAAGCUGGAAAACAGAUUCAGAUUCUGACUGACAUGCAUUUAACUUGUUCAUGAGCGUGAUCACUUGAUCCCAGUGUGCAGACUAUACCGCACAUGUGAGACGCCUCUCAUAGUAAAUCAUUUCUUCAGAUCUUUGCGACUAUUCUGACAAGGAACUACAGAUUAGAAUAGAGUUUUGAUUAAAGUUGAUUAAUGUGCUCGCCCCUAAUAAAUAAGACACAAAAGCUUCGUGCAGAUCAGUCUGAAUAGUCCCUGCAGCGUCAUUGUAAGCUCCUCUCAGCCAAUGUACACAGGACACUUUUUAAACCAAUGCUCAGACGAGUCCCUGAACUUUCCAUUGUUAAAAUCUUUAAAAACCUUUAUGUGGUCUGAACACCAGCGCCAUUAGUUGUAGCUACAUUUUAUGCCCUUUUGACCUUUUUUUUUAGAUUGUUACUUGCUUGGAAACUCGUCUGAAAAGCCCUUCUUCUAUGACUCGUACUUGCAGAUGAUAAUUGCAGGAUACAAGUGUAGGUGGUGUAGAUGUAUGUGUUGUGUAUUCGGGUGGAUAGAUGUGUGGGCAGCAGACGCUUCACUGUCAAUUUACAACAUUUAAAUAGACAAUGCCAGGAGUGCUGAAGGUCGAGGUAAAUUCUUGACAAACAUAAAGAGGCUGUCAGUCCCAGCAGGCUCUCGCUGCUCCUCUCAGCUGUCGCGGGUGCAUGAACUCAGCGUUUUUAAUCUCAGCGCUGCCCUGUUGACCGCUGUACGAGGAGAAACCGGCUCGCCAAGACACUCACAAUUCACCCGGCUAAUAGGCUGGAGAGCCUGCACGCAGUACAGUCGCUAGUCGGGGAUGAGUCAGCACUCACUCACAAAGAAAACAAAGUGGAGCCCUCAGCAUUAAUGAGGCUUUCAUCGAUCUGCUUUAAAGAUUAUUAAUGGGACGCGGGAGAAUCGCGCUGCUUUGUUCUUCUGAAGGUGUCGGUGGUCAUCUUCAGAAAACUGGCUUUGAACUUUGAACUUUGCGAUGAAAAACCUUUUUCCCACGCAGUCCGCUUUCAAAGCUGCGAGCUUUUAAGGCCAAAUCAAAAGAAGUACAUCUUCCCGACCUCACGGCGUCAUCCGUAACUCAACUUCUUGCAUCCAGAAACUAAGUGAGUAUUUAGAGCAGAGUGCUGGGGGCAACUUCAGAAAGAUUUGGAGAAAAGAAAUAGAAUAUUUUAAGAGUAAAAUCAGAAUAUUAAGAUUUAUAAGAGAAGCGAGGAAAAGUCCAAACUGUGCAGUACAGUACGUGUUGUGUUAUUACACUGUUUUGUACAGUUGGAGGAAAAGAUGCAGCAGUCACAUGUGAUCCACCCUCCCAGCUUUUUGUCCUCGUAGCAACCUCCCCAUAAAAUAUGACUUUAUUCUGAUAAUGACUUUGUUUUUCUUGUAACAUUGCAACUUUUUUUUCUCAAAAUAUGACCUUUUUUAAAGAAUAUAUUUUGACUUUAUUCUUGAAAUGUUAGCGUUUUUUCAAAGCAGUGGCCCCAGUCCUCCGUCUUAGAGGUUUAUCCUGUGGAUUUUGUUUUUUUUUUUGUUGAAAGAGAAAAUGUUUUCCCAGAGAAGAGGUGUGAGUGCACUUUUUUUUCGGAUGCUUGCUGAUCUUUGCUUUGCUCAUUUUCCUGGUGGCAUUUCCUCCCCAUGAACACGUGCGUGAACCAGACUUUGCCGUGUUGACAGGACACGUAGGAAUAUGUAGUUUAAAGGGAACAUUCAGGACUGGAAGUUUUAUGUCCAUUUUGUUUAUACCAAAGUCAUCGAUUCAAGUAUAUUUGAAUUUGUAUAUUUUUGUGCGAACCGAUCUCCAUUCAGCAUUUAAUGACGUCAGGUCUCCUCGGAGACGCCACAGAGAGACACUGCCUUUUGGGAAAUGCUAGUUUUUCAAAUGUAGGGUGAAUAGCUAAUAGCAAAAAUAAGAUGUGUAAAACUUGCUUAUCGUGAAGGGGAUGUGUGCAACUAGAGAUUAGCAUUUAGUCAGCUACUGUUCUGAAGGCAAAUGGGCCAAUAGCUGCAAAUUCUCCUGCUUUUUCCUUCUUUUUUUUGUUUGUUUUGGAGCGUGCGCUCGUACCAUUUCGUCAUUUGUUGGAAUGAUUUGCAGAGUGAGGUGUUUUGCUAGUUAGACAAAAGCACAACUGCCGUUUGUUGUCACAUCUUUUCGGUUGUAUUUUCUUUUCAACGCCUUCAUUUAAUGAAGCUGCUAUUAUUGUUCACUGUGUUACAGGUAUGAGAACUUCUUUUCUCUCAUCUUAGUGGUAUUUUUUUUUUCUAUUUUCCACACUAUUCAUGAAAGACUUCAGCAUAUGACCACUGAGGUCAAAUGUGAUUUAUGCAAUAAAAUGUUUACUGGGGUUGUGACACCACAGGAAACCCAGAGCGGUUGUACAGACUUUGCAAUCAAAGCACAAUGUGCAAAUGCUACCAUUUUUUAGUCCAAGGAAGAGAGUUGUUUAUAUACAGAGUAAAUCUUUGUGCUUUAAAAAUUUUGCUUUUUAAAGGUGUAAAAAAAAAAA